GCCAAUCACGACGCCGUUGUCAGAUUUAAAAAUUGACAUCAACAGAGUGUGUUGUUGAUGCGUGUGCGUGGUUUAUGGUUAUUUGUUACUUGAAUCUUUGGGAAGGUAGCGACGAUGCAGAAGGAAAAUGCUCCCUUCGUGCCAUUCAGAGCAACUCGUUUGUGGGAUGAAGCGAUAAGACUCUUCACCAGUGGCAUGCCUUCGAAACGACAUCGCAGCAAUAUGAAAGUCUACGAGAAUUGUUUUACUGGUUCUGAAGCAGUCAAGUGGUUUCUGCAUGCUUUGGAAAUGAAUCCCCAUUUCAAUGCUGUCAUCACCCAAGAGAAGACUAUACAGCUGCUUAGUAAAUUAUAUGAGGAAGGUAUAUUUGUGAAAGCAAAAGGAUCUUCACGCCAGGGUUCUGACCGAUUCAAACUAAACGGCAUUUAUCAGAUGGGUGCUACUAAACCUCAAUACUCUGCACGAACACCUUUAUCAAACAAGCAGAUUGGUCUCCAUAAUCAGAAGAGUGAAAAUUGGAUUCGCAAAAGUUUUCAUAAAGAACCCUUUGCGGCAGAAUAUGAAAAUAUUCUUCAUGUCAAGAAAUCGAAUGAAAGCAAUUUCAAUAACCGUACUGCUUAUGAGAACAUGCCAAUAAUUAAGCAAAGACUGUUUGAUGCAGACUGUGACAAACAGCCAGGCAAUACUGUAAAAGUAACUUCAUCAAGUGUUCCCAUGAGAGUUGCUCAACAUCCAAUUCAGCAGUUAAAACAGUACCACCAGUCACAGGAAAAGAGGGACCAUCAGGCUCAACCCCAACUUAGUUCCCUACCUGAAACUGAUGAUCUAUGGAGGAAAGUGUUCAUUGGAAGAUUACAAUCGCUGUUGAAAGAUGUGGAUGUCUCUGGCCUGUUAUGGCCUAGUGCUGUAAUUCGUUGUCAGUGGUUGGAGCAGAACUGUUGUAUUCUCGAUGACUGUUCAAUUGCUAAGUUUCCUCCAUGGGUUGCUGCUGCUUCCAACAGACUUAUGUUAGCUCUUGCAGAUAAGAACCUGAACCGCAGUGUUGUGAAUUCUGACAUUGAAGCAGAUGUGAGUGCUCUUGAAGCAUUCUUUACCAAUCUCCAAACUCCUCUUAUUCCUGCUGAUUUGAGUGCUAUUUUCCAGAGAGUCUUUCUUCAUCUUGAAGUGACUGCAUCUUCCAUGAAGGAGGAAGAUUCACUGUCCCAUAAAUCUGUAUCAGUUUUCUCUUCAAGCAGGACUAGCAGUUUUGGCCAACCCAAUGAAGACUUCAAGUGCACCCUGCCGCCCAACACGUGCUAUGAAACUGCUUUCACAUCAGAGAGUCCCAUUACAAGAAUUGUUCCCCAGUCGUCAUUUGACACUCUGCAUUUACCUGCACGCCCUUCCUCCGCUUGCUCUUCUAUGAAACGCAAUGCAAGCGCACCAAAACUGCUUGAGACUUCUGGUCUGGAAUCUGGAGCUCCCCUCAACAAAUCGGCUGCAGAUAGAGGCUCCCUCUUCUCCCUCACCAGUGAAAAGUUCUCAACAAUUGGUGGCUCUCGUUGGCAGUCAAAGGUGAAGAAUGCUUCAAUGGGAGGGUCUCUUCAUCGCGAUAAGGUUCACACAGAGAGAUCACAGAUCAAGCACAACUGUGGUAAGCUUACUGUCAUGGAUAAAACUCCACCUCUUCCACCAAGACACUUAAGCAGGCCUCCUCCUGUCCACCGAAAUGCUUCUCAUGAAGCCAAGGGGAAACACAGCCGCAGUAACUCAGGAGGCUAUAUAAACUUAGCUCUUCAAGAUUCAUUUGAGGGAUCUGAUAUCACAAAUAAGGAAUUGGAUAUUGAUGCAGCUAUGGAAACUUUGCAAAAGCUAAUGAUUUGCAGUCAGAAAACACCUACCCAACACACUCCUCGGAAAGAUGGUGUGAAAAGUAUACAUGUAAGAUCUGCCAGCCUGUCUCAGACUCUCAAUCAUGGGGUGCACAGUGGUGUGAGCAUGCGUCGAAGCCAGUCUUGCUGGUCACAAGAUUUCAGCAAUGCAAGUCUCUCAUCCUAUCAUACGGCCAUAUCCUCAUCUUCGUCCUCCUUGGACAGUGAUAGUUCUGGCUCCAACAGUUCUCUGAACCUGACCGCGGGCUGCGAGUGGGGUUGGGAUUGGGGGUCUGGGGCAGAACAGACAGGUGUUGCUGUGUUCCAGCUUCUGAUGCUCCUGGUUAAGCCCCAAAGCCGAGCCCAGCUGCAAACUCUUCUGAAACUAAUGGGACUGUUGCCCUACCAGUGUCCUUACACCACUUUGAAGGUUUUAGACAUGUUUUCCUCAUUUGUAAUGCAAGGAGGAGAUGAGGAAGUGACCUCCCGUUUGCUGGGAUUUUUAGUUCGCCAUCAGAAGGAAAUAUUCCACUCACCUCAGGAACUAGUUGCUGAGGUUCAAAGGGAGAGGAAAGCAAAUUGAAGGCAAAGGAGAGGGGUCCCGUCACUUUCUGUGAGCGCGUGUCUCUUCUACAGUUUGAAGAACAGAAGCUCACCACUUCCCAGAAGGCUCUGGCAGAUCUUUUGGACCAAAUUGUUGCUGAUCAGAAGAUGAGUUCAAAAGAAAGGAGCAAAAAACUAAAAAUGUUUAAGGAGUCGUAUCCACACAUUUACUCAAUGAGGUUCCCUGAGCCAGAGAUGGUCACAUUCAAGAGACGGAACAAGUCACUUCUACAACUUGCUCGUUUGCGCAGCUUGAGAGUCUGAGGCAUCAUUUGUAGAUGCAUCAUGUGAUUCAUGUGAUGGAGGUAUAUGAUCGGCUUUACUUAGGUCUAUUUCUAGUAUUAUUAGAAUUAAUUUGAAAGUAUUGUGGCACUCCAGAGAUGUUUGGUGCCUAUGAACUAUUAAUGUAGAAAAUAAUAUAUCUCUAUUGAAUGAAGCUGCUCAUAAUUUAGAGUAAGAUGUAUGUUAAUGAUCAAAUUAGAGAAUUGUUAAAAUAUGUCAAACUUCCGAAUUUCCAUCAUACCUAUUUGUAUGAGUGCAACUGAUUCUUGCACUUCAUGUCUGGGCCUGUUGAAGGAAAUGUUUUUCAAUUAGAAGAUAAGUGCCAUAUUGUUAUUUCACAUGGCUUGGAAUGUGAUUUGAUUCUUCGAUGUAAAUUUUUAUACAUCAUGUGGAUUUUAUGUUCUUGUUAAUUGUGCUCAAUUAUUCUUUUAUGAAAGAAGUAUAUGUGUUAAACAUGCAUUGCAGCAUUAUGUAAGUGUUCCUUUACAUGUGCCACGCAAGCAUUCUAUAUUUUUUUACUAUUUUUUUAUAAAGCGACAUGUGUCAAGAGAUUUAUUUUCCCCUCCAUGAAACUAACUUUGUUUUGUUUUAUCUCAAGGUGUAAGUUUCGAAUUUAAUAAAAAAUGAGCUAGUACUGUA